AUGGACUCACCAUACAAUAUGGCACCCACCUCGGUGCAAGGCCAGCCAUUCGCAUACUACUCCGACUCACAGAGACAAGGCCACUACCAGUCAGACAUCCCAUACUACAGCCAGAUGCAGUAUGGCCAAGAGCAACCGCUCUACACGUCCCAGCCCAUGAUGAACAUGCACCAGAUGGCCACCACCAAUGCCUUCCGGGGAGCUACCAUGAGCCUGACACCGAUUGCCUCUCCACAGCCCUCACAAAUGAAGCCCACCAUCAUCAUGCAGCAGGGUUCGCCCGGCUUGAUGCCCUUGGACACUCGCUUUAUUGGUCACGACUUGUACUCCUUCCCCUCGACUCCUCCGCUGUCCGCCUCGGGAAGCACCAUCAGCAGCCCCCCGUCUGCUCAUGGCGCCCUACCAACCCCGAUUCAUGACACAUUUUUCACCUUCGACAAGGUCGAGGGUGUCAAGGAGGGAUGCGAGACCGACGUGCACCAGGAGCUCCUGGCCACACCGCAGUGGGCGCGCUCUGAUUCGCCCCCGAUGACGCCUGUCUUCAUUCACCCCCCUUCUCUUAAUCACAUGCACUCCGACCUUCUGUCUGCAACAUCCUGCCCCUCGCUUUCCCCCUCCCCCUCACCCGUGCCCACCGACAUUCUUGCCUCCCACAAUCUGGGAUCGAGCCAGUCUUUCUGCGAUCCCCGCCAGCUUACCGUUGAGCCCUGUGUUCACGUUCACGCACAGGAUCUCCCUCCUCUACCGAAUCUCUCAUGCGAGGAGGAGGAACCUCGCGCCGUUGUUGGCAGUGCGUCUGUGACGCUCCCCGUUAACGAGAACCCAUCUCCCUCUUUCAGCUCCUCGACCCAGGAUCCUCUGAGCUCGCUGCCGACUUUUGACAGCUUCUCAGACCUCGAUUCUGAUGACGAGUUGAAUCGCCUGGUGGAAUUCCACCCUGCCGCCAAUGCCGUCUACAUGGGUGGCAAGCGCCAGCGUAUGCACGCCUACCUGGUGGAGGAUGAUGGAUUCCUGAGCGAGCACAGCCUCGAAGACUCAGAUGAUUCCGAGACUUUCUUGCCCAAUGGUUUGCCAUCCUUUGAGUGGACCCAGACUGCUCACCCUCAGGCCGAGAGCGAGGAGGAACCCAUCGAGGAGCCCAAGAUCAAGAAGCGUAGCAACCGCAAGUCCCGUAAGACCGCUGCCGACGAAGAGGCUGAGGCAAAGGCGCUGGCCGCCUGCGAGUCCUCUGGCGACUGCUGCUCUGAUGACGGAUCAGUUGAUGAUUCCGAGUCUGCUCCUAUCUCAGUCAACCGCCGGGGCCGCAAGCAGUCUUUGACCGAAGACCCCUCCAAGACCUUUGUCUGCACUCUGUGCUCCCGUCGCUUCCGUCGCCAGGAACACCUCAAGCGCCACUACCGCUCUCUCCACACUCAGGACAAGCCGUUCGAGUGCAACGAGUGUGGCAAGAAGUUCUCCCGCAGUGACAACCUCGCACAGCACGCCCGCACCCACGGUGGUGGCUCCAUUGUCAUGGGAGUUCUGGAUGCAAGCGACGCUGGUUCUGUCUCAUUCGACGAUCAACAUGACGCUGGUGCCCUUGGCCAAGUCAUGUACGAGGCUGCCCGGUCUACUGAAGUCAUCGGUACUCCCCCCGUGGAUCGCCGAGCAGCGAAGAAGCGCAAGCGUGACUUGUCCUAA